CUCCCCAGCUGUAUCUCACACCUUCCCAGCUGUUCCUCACAAAUCCCCAGCUGUAGCCUCACCUCCCAGCUGUACCUCCCACAGCUCCCCAGCUGUUCCUCUCCCAGCUCUCCCAAGCUGUACCUCACACCUCCCUAGCUGUGCCACCUCCACCUCCCCAGCUGUUCCUCCACAGCCCCUAGCUGUACCUUACACCUCCCCAGCUGUACCUCCCACAGCUCCUCAGCUGGCCACAUCUGCACCUUCCCAGCUGUUUCCUCACACCUCCCUAGCUCUGUACCUCACACCUCCCCAGCUGUUAGACACAACUCCUCAGCUGUACCUCACAACUCCCCAGCUGUACCUCACACCUACCCAGCUGUACUUCACACUCCCUAGCUGUUUCCUCCCAGCUCUCCAGCUGUGCCUCACACCUCCCUAG